UGGUCUGAAAAAUGAGCCAAAGCUGCAGUAAAAUUGGCAGCGUAACGCAGAGAAUAUGAGCGAGAGAAUCCGGUAGAAGAGAGCAAGCACGCGUUCGUGAUUUUCGAUGAGGAAAAGAGCACCGCGAAGAACCCAAAAGCCAGAAGAAGAAUUGCAGACCCGAAACCUCCACCCAAUCUCUUCGUCUUCAGCUCCAAUUCUUCCUCCUGGCUCCGCACGCGAGGAGCAGCGGCGGCGGUAACAUGUGCCGGCAGGAGGAGCGGGUGCGGAUGUCGUCGGAGGAAGAAAUUGCGGCGGAGGAGAGCCUCUCUGUCUAUUGCAAGCCUGUCGAGUUCUACAACAUUCUCCAACGCCGCGCUAUUAGAAAUCCAGCGUUUCUUCAGAGAUGUUUGAGCUACAAAAUAGAGGCCAAACACAAAAGGAGGAUACAAAUGACGGUUUCCAUUUCGAUGAAUGAGAUGGAAGGUCUACAAACCCAGAAUCUCUUUCCUUUGUAUGUGUUUUUGGCCAGACUAGUUCCUGAUGUUGCGGUUCCAGAGGUAUGUAUAUGCAUGUUUUUAGUCUUAGAAUUGUUGAUCAACCCGUAUCAUCAUAUUAAAUUGCACAUUUGUUAA